AUCAGAGAUCAUCAUCCACCCCGGUCUGGGCUACCUCGGCUUCCCUUACACUGGGCCACCCCCGCGAUGGCCAUCGGCAUCCUACCUAGUUGUAUUCGGCAUCGUUUAACCAUACCGUCAAUUAAUAAAAGUCUGUUAUUCUUUCACUUUUUGUAUAUCUCACUUGUGUUUCUGCGUUGGCUUCCACUUGAUUUAGUCAAGCAUCCUAUUACUCCACAUACCCUUCCAAGAUGAGAGGCAUUCAGGUGGCACAGUAUGUUAAGGGCCCUCAAGAGCUCAAGGUCACGGAUCUUCCAGACCCAGCGCCUGCUUCAGAUGAGUACUUGAUCGAAGUUCACGCUGCGGCAACCAACUUCUUCGACAUUCUUCAGAUUCAGGGCAAAUACCAGCAUCAACCACCAUUUCCCUGGGUAUCAGGUGCCGAGUUCGCCGGCGUGGUUCUCGCCACACCUUCCGGCUCCAAGAACCCCAAGUUCCCUGUUGGCUCCCGUGUGUUUGGAGCUAGCCAGGGUGCCUACGCUACCAAAGUGAAGGCCAAGGAGACGACACUCCUCCCAGCUCCUGAAGGCUGGUCGCUUGUGGAUGCUGCCGGUCUCUUCGUGACGGCACCAACGAGUUAUGGAGCCCUCGUUGUCCGAGCCGGCGUGAAGAAGGGCGACUGCGUCCUUGUUCACGCUGCGGCCGGUGGUGUCGGCUUAGCCGCAGUCCAGAUUGCGAAGGCGUUUGGAGCAACUGUCAUUGCUACGGCCGGAACCAAGCACAAGCUCGAAGUCGCCAAGUCCUUUGGCGCGGACCACGUUGUCGACUACGCGGACCCUAAGUGGCCCGAGGUCGUGAAGAAGUUGACCCCUAAAGGCAAGGGUGUCGACAUUGUCUACGAUCCCGUCGGCUUGGUAGAUCUGAGCACUAAGUGCACUGCGUGGAAUGGCCGUAUCUUAAUUGUCGGUUUCGCUGCCGGCAAGAUCGAGAAGGUGGCGAUGAACAAGGUUCUUCUCAAGAACAUCAGCCUCGUUGGUAUCCAUUGGGGCCAGUAUGCCGUUCACGAGAAGGAGACGGUUGUGGCCGUGUGGCAGGGCAUCAUGAAAUUGAUUGCCGAGGGCAAGUUCAAGCCGACUGUGUUCAGCGACAAGGAGUUCGUCGGUCUUGAAAAGAUUCCGGAUGCGUUGAUCGCUCUGGGAGGCCGUGAGACCUGGGGCAAGGUGGUGGUCCAGGUCCCGCAACAGGAGGGGAAGAGCAGGUUAGAAACCCCACCAACCGCCAAACUGUUUUCCUCAACCUUUAGAAGAACUCUCCGAUCCAGCGCAUCUGGUCUCACAGUCGCUGCUGCCGCAACCGCCUUCAAGAAAAACACUACGGUUCAACCUGCCGAACUUCAGGCCAUCACAAAAAGAAACAUGCACAGCAAAGUAGUCAUCAUCGGCUCUGGGCCGGCCGCCCACACUGCCGCCGUCUACCUGGGCCGCGCCGAGCUCAAGCCCGUUCUCUACGAGGGCUUCAUGGCCAAUGGCAUCGCCGCCGGUGGCCAGCUCACCACCACGACCGAGAUCGAAAACUUCCCCGGUUUCCCCGAUGGCAUUAUGGGCCAGGAGCUGAUGGACAGGAUGAAGGCUCAGUCUGAGCGUUUCGGCACCACCAUUGUCAGCGAGACCGUUGCCAAGGUCGACCUCUCCGCGCGCCCCUUCAAGUACGCUACCGAGUGGUCCCCCGAGGAGUACCACACUGCCGACGCCAUCAUCCUGGCCACCGGCGCCUCUGCCCGCAGACUCCACCUCCCCGGUGAGGAGAAGUACUGGCAGAACGGUAUCUCGGCCUGCGCCGUUUGCGACGGUGCCGUGCCCAUCUUCCGCAACAAGCACCUCGUUGUCAUCGGUGGCGGCGACUCCGCUGCCGAGGAGGCCAUGUACCUUACCAAGUACGGCAGCCACGUCACGGUGUUGGUUCGCAAGGACAAGUUGAGGGCCAGCCACAUCAUGGCCCACAGGUUGUUGAACCACGAGAAGGUCACUGUCAGGUUCAACACCGUCGGUGUCGAGGUCAAGGGCGACGAGAAGGGUCUCAUGAGCCACCUUGUCGUCAAGGAUGUCACCACUGGCAAGGAGGAGACUCUUGAGGCCAACGGUCUCUUCUAUGCCAUCGGCCACGAUCCCGCUACCGCCCUCGUCAAGGGUCAGCUUGAGACUGACGCCGAUGGUUAUGUUGUUACCAAGCCUGGUACUACCCUCACCAGCGUUGAGGGUGUCUUUGCUGCUGGCGAUGUUCAGGAUAAGAGGUACAGACAGGCUAUUACCAGCGCCGGUACCGGCUGCAUGGCUGCCCUCGAUGCCGAGAAGUUCUUGUCGGAGCACGAGGAGACCCCCGCCGUGCAGGGCAACCUUUAAAGUUGAUUUCUUGGAUAGACAGCGUUUCGCGUAAAAAGUUGGUUCUAAAAUAGAGGAAUGAUACCCGGAGUCUAGCCGGCAGUUUUGAAUGCUUGAGAGCCUAGAUGUGCCUUGGAAGAUAAGCAAUGAAUGGGCGUUUUCGUUGCUUUCUCGCGAUGUCAGUGUCCGUUUCGGGAAGUUCGUUAUGUACAUACCCAAAACACCAGCGAACAAGGGUUGGCCUAACUUACUUUGUGGAGCUACGAACCCCUUUCCCAAGUAAACAAAAAAAAAAAAAACUAAUAACCUCAAC